CAUCCAACAUCACAUGACAAACGAACAUUACUCGUACGACUUCUGUUCACCUCUUUUGCUCACUUCGAAGCAAAGGUUGGUGUUGGUGUUGGUGUGGGUGUGGGUGUCGGUGUGGGUGUGGAUGUGGGUGUGGAUGUGGGAUGUGUGGGUUUGUAUGUGGUUGUGGGUAUGGGUUGGUGUGGGUGUGGGUUUAGGUAGAAAGGGGGAACACCUACACCGAAGCGCACGCUCACACCCACGCCCACAUCCACACCCACGUCCACGCCCACACCCACACCGACAUCCACAGACCCACACCCACACCCACACCCACACCGACACCCUCACCCACAGGGACAUCCGAUACCCACACCGCGCGCCCACACCAAAUACAAAUUCAUCGAAGAUGUAGUAUGAGGUAGUGUAGAUCUAGUUGGUUCUGGCAUUGGUGGUGCUGCUGGUGGUGUUUUUAAGAUAGCGGGUGCGGCAAGCAAAGGUUUAGCAGCGUUAACAUUCGAUCAAGACUAUUAAAAUGCUCGUAUCGCUCGUAAAGAAGCGGCUGGACAUUGAGUAUCUGGCGGCAUUCUAAGUGGAAAAAAUGUUGGUAAGGUUAGUGUAUUGAUUCUGCUUAUUAUUAUUUUCAUGAUUAUAUAUUCAUUGUUUCGAAUAGGAUGUUGUUCAUGGUGUGAAGGGUGUCGUAAGGAAAUCAGUAUCUGGUCCGAAAAAACGAGGCACAACUGGCUUUGCCAAAGGUUUGGGUAAAGGUUUCCUUGGUAUUGUUGCAUGAUCAGGAAGUUGUGUUGCUGAUUUUACUAUUACAUCAUUUGAUUUGAUCAAACGGUGAGUAGAUUUUCUUUUGUUGAUCAAAUCUUUGGAUUGUGCGAUCUUUGUAGAAUUGCUGCGCAUGAAGGAGUCGUUCAUCGUUUUGGAUCUCCACGACAUGUUAGUCGAGAUGGUAUUAUUCAAUCUUCUAAUGGUCGUGAACAGAGACUCAACGAUGAAAAGCAUGGCCCAUUAGAUACUUAUAUUGCUCAUAUUGAUUGUACUGAAGAUUUGUCUACUAUCCUUUUGGCUAGAUUCAAACGAUUAUUAGUGAUAAGUAGAAAAUUCGACUCGUCAGAUGUCUAUGAAGUUGAAUGGGAUUGUCAUUACAAAGCCUUGAAGGGACCGCCUGUUGUCAAGUUCAAACCAAGCGAAAUUCAAAUUCAUUUAAAAGAACCAAAAGUACCUGGUUUAAUUAAAAAAGAUCGACCGCAUGAAACAUCGGUCUCGUAUCGAAGUACAGGCGAAGCUCGAUAUAUCGUCGAUAAAAUCACCCAAAUUAUGCGUGCUAAGGAACUUUAA